UCCGAUUAUGGCUUUCACUACCGCGAAGCUCCAAUCGAAAACGGUUUAUCGCAUAGCCGAAGUGGUGAACGACUUUCCACGCAACUUCCUCGUCAGCAUGGGCAUGGACAAAACGCUGAACUGCUUUCAAACGGAGUGGAAUGAGAUGGCGCACAAAUGUCUGUUUAAUGCGGAGGAUGUGGGGCUAGUUCCAGAUGUGUACACGCAAAAGCAUUUUCUUAGCAGCGAGCUGAAAAACGCGCAGAGGGAGAGGGGAGAAUACAGGCAAACAGCCUCAGCAGCGGGACAGACUCUGGUCAAGCUCCGAAAAGCUAGAGAUUUCCACAAGCGAGUGGGCCAGGAGAAGAAAAGACUGAUAGAAGACAUUAGAAAGCUGAAGACACACGGCGCUUCCUAUGAUCCAGCAUUGAAACAGAUGAACGAGAAAUACCAGGCAGCUCUGAAGCAGAAAAUGCUGGUCAGCUUGGAGAGGGACAAGGCGUUAGGGCAAGCCCACAGCCUAGAUGUCACAUUACACAACACCCUUCCUUCUCAACCUCCCCACCCCACCUCUGAGUGUAGCCUCACCCCAAACAAGACAGGGGUAACCACAAGCACCAGGGGGAUGGGGUCAGUCUUUACACCCCCUCCAAAGACCCAGUUUCCCCCAGACACUUGUGUUAACCCCCAGCUGGCCCACAGAGGGAAAAUGUCUGUCUGCUCAGGGUCCUUCAAGGUAGCCAUCUUCCGCCUCACCAACACCCUCAAGGCCCACACCCUGCCUGUCAGCUUCCUGGCUCUUCACCGAAGCAAACUAGUGGUUGCCUCAGCUAGUGAUGACCAGCUCUGGAGGCUUCCUGAAGGAGUGCUAAUUGCUACAGGCCAGGGGCACAGCGACUGGCUCUCUGGGGAUAGCCUUCACCCUGACGGGGCUAAGCUGGGGGCCACCAGCGUCCAGAUAUGGGACCUUUCUGAGGGCUGCUGUGUGCGGACCCUGGAGGGCCACACUGGAGCUGCUCCUUCCACUCUGGCGGAGACUUUGUGGCCUCCUGCUCCUUGGAUGACACGGUCAAGGUGUGGGACCUGCAGAGUGAGAGGUGACUACACGGCCACCCCGGUUCUCUCAACAGUGUAGAGUUCCCCCCUUCUACACUACCCUGCUCACCUCCUUGGCUGAAAAUACCCUGUCCCUGUGGGACACCCGGACCGCCGUUUGCCCAGACAAUCUACGGCCACCGCAGCGCCAUCAACCACGCCUCACUCAGCCCCACUGGUGACCUCAUCGCGUCCUGCGAUUCCCGUGGCGCUGUCAUGCUGUGGGACUUCAGGAGGGCAGCAGACGUGUUCACUGUGGAGACGGGGCCGCAGCCUAGCAACCGGAUGGCUUUCAGCCCGUCGGGCCGGACGCUGGCAGUUGCUGGGGACGAGGUGAGAGUGGUGGAUUGGGCGUACUCGCAAGUGGCGUGUGUGCUGAAUCACGAGGACCUGGCGCAGCGUUGUUUUUGACCAAAAGGGAGAAUACCUACUGUCAGGGGCAUCUGACAGACAUAUUUAUGUGUGGUCAUGAUGGAUAAGCAUCAUAAGAGUUAAACCUAAACACAAAUGUUAUCUUUGUUUGAAAAAUAAAAAUAGUUGUAAUGCA